AAAAUGGCGGCAUGUACUAGACAAGAAAACAAGGCGAUUACUUUGAAGGGAAGCGCUGAAUUAGUCACAGAAUUCUUUGGUUACGGGAUAAACAACAUUUUGUAUCAAAGAGGUAUUUAUCCAGCUGAUUCUUUCAAGAGAGAGCAAUUUUAUGAUUUGACCUUAUUCGUCAGUGACGACAAGGAUCUUCAAGAUUACCUGUCCAAGGUUUUACAACAGCUCAAAGACUGGCUUGAGGACAAUAGCCUCCAGCGGGUUGUCAUGGUGAUAAGUGAAGUAGACACUGAUGAAGUCAUAGAGAGAUGGCAGUUUGAUAUUCAGUGUGAAAAGAAUGAGCAAACAGAAAACAAGAAAGGAGCAGGUAAACCUCCAGCAUCAAAAAGCAAGAAAGACAUUCAAAGAGAAAUGAGAGAUGUGAUCAGACAAAUUACAGCCAGUGUUACCUUCCUUCCCUUUCUUGAGAAGCGAUGUGCAUUUGACCUACUGGCUUACACUAACAGAGAUCAAGAGAUUCCUGAAACUUGGGAAGAGUCGCAAGCGAGGAUCAUUGCAAAUUCACAGGAAGUGCGAUUAAGGUCCUUCUCAACAUCUGUUCAUAAAGUGGAUACAAUGGUGUCUUACAAAGGAGAGGAUUGAUGCAAACAAGAUGACAUUGCUUGUCCAGCACACAACAGCUGUACCAAAGUACAUGUGUGAAAAGGAAUCCACACUCAUUCUACAAGGAUACUUUUUUAUUUUAUCAAACUACAAGUUCCUCAAGAGGUUCAGCCCAGCAUGACCAGUAUAACCUUGUAAAAAAAAAGAAAAGUGGCAAACAAGAGAGAAUAUAUCAGGGAAAUUGCUCUUACAAGUUCCAAAGAUUACUUCCUCACAAGGAAAAAUGACUUAAUGUCAAUGAUGAAAUUCAUAUCAAGUAGUUUUGGUCUAUAAAUAUUGACAUUAUGAUUUCAGUAAAGGUAUAUAUAUCAGUUUGUCACUUGUGGGUGAUUCUGAAAGAAUUUAGAUAGCUGGCCACAGAUGUUUUAAAAAGUGAAACUGAUAUGGACUUUUCCAU